AUGGCUAAGGGAGGUGGUAAAAACAAGGGUCGCGUCAAGUCCAAAAAAAAAAUCUUCAAAAACUUCACGACUUCUCUUCUCGAGAGAGAAGGAUGCACGUUUGCGGACGCAGCGACGGCUGGGCGCGCACGCAAGGCUGCCGAGAAGGCCGACUACCCUACCCUGAAGCGUACGGCCGCUGCUACCCUCGAGAAACUCAAAAAAGCUCAGUUGGCGAAGCGUAGAGAGGCUCGAGUUCGCAAAUCGGCGGAGCAGGCCGCAGAGGAGGAGCGACAAUUGUUGGCGCGAGAGCGAAUCCUGCGCGCCGAUCUGAAGAAGGAGCUUGGGGAGGAGCAGCGACGUAGAAUCGAGGCGGAGCAACGGGCGCAAGCAGCGAUCGCACGCGAGCAGGCCUCGGAGCAUCAGAGGCAGCAGCAGAGGGCUGCUGAUGGAGAGGCGGUGGCGAACGUCCUGACCCAGCUGGGAAGCUUGCGGUUGGAGAAACAAAUGCUUCAAGAUCAACAGCGCGAGAUGGUUGAGAUUUUUUGUCCACAAGCGGCAAGCGUGAUGGCGGUGCAGCAACAGCAGCACAACGGGAAUCCGCUGCUUUCCGCGAAAGACCAGCUCAUCCGCACCCGGAUGGAGGUAGAGCAAGCGAGGAGGGAGCUGGAGGCGGCGUCGGCAUGGGGAAAGGUUGCCGAGACGAGAAAUGCCAAUUUGAGGAAAAAGAACGCCAGGCAGGGCAAGCGGAUCGAAACGCUGUCCGCACGCAACGAGCAUUUGAAAGCAACGAUCGCUGCCACGGAGGGGGAAUCCGCCUCGCUGGAGCCCGCGGAGCUGGAGAAAAUCGUGGAGACCAGAGUCCUCGACAACCUUCGGCCUCGACAAAAAGUUGAGCUUGUCGAGGCCGAAGUGAAAACCGGUCUUGUUCGUGCUGUCCGACAACACGGCUUCGGUAUCGGGGGAAACAGGAGGCUGUGUGGCGCUUCUACAGGAUAUGCUAAGGAAUGACGAGCGAAAGGCGGCGGGGGAAGAACUACCUAGCGGGCGCGGGGCAGGUGCCCGAGGCAGAGGGGGGGGGAAUGCACGAGGAAGGGGGCGUGUAAAUACUCGAGGACGCGGGCGUGGAAAUGUGAAUGGAAGAGGGAACCGGAGGGGUGGGAGGGGAGGGAGGGGUGGGAGAGGCUGAGCGACUACGCUACAUCAGCUGCUUGUUGUUUUCGAAGGGAAUGUUGGUAAGCGUUGCUGAAGGGGUGUGUCGGGGUGCUGUGUUGGUGAUGCGGCGGUCUGUAUCUUGCAGGAACAAACAUGAAAUGCGGCUCUGGUUGUGUGUGGUUCAGUUCACAUUGAUUUUCGUAAGGCGUUGCGGCUGCUGCCGCUGCUGCUGCUGGUUGGAGAGCUGAACAAUGACCGAACGACCGCGCGCGGUGUAGUACGGGUGAGGUAUUCGAUCGGCGGCUGUUUGUGGGCGUGCAAAGCGAAGCACCUCAACGUGUUUUCGGAUCCCUGCGCAUCAUCGCACGGCAUGACUUUGUUCGGCAAAUUGUUUUCGACAAAAUUGUUUCGGUGAAUAUUUUUCAACAUGCAUCUUUGGUUGCGUGAUGCGUGGAGUGGGGUGGCACACGGCGGCGAAUGCCAAAAAGAGGCCAAGCAGAAAAUACGCCUCUCCAGCGCGCAUGCGGAUGGUGACCAGCGGUCAUCCGUGCGUGCUGAACUCCAAAAUUGUGCGUUUUUG